AUCCUUUCACUCUUCUCUUGAAUUCACAUUUCAACAACCAUAGCCAUGGCUUUCUCCUUCUCCAAAGCACUUGUCCUUGCCUGCUCCUUCUGCUUAUUUGCGUCUUUGGCUUUUGGACGCGAUUUCUCCAUUGUGGGCUAUUCAUCGGAGGACUUAAAGUCCAUGGAUAAGCUCAUUGAACUCUUUGAAUCAUGGAUGUCAAAACAUGGCAAGAUUUACCAAAGCAUUGAGGAGAAGCUUCUUAGGUUCGAGAUUUUCAAGGAUAACCUAAAGCACAUUGAUGAGAGAAACAAGGUGGUCAGCAACUACUGGCUUGGCUUGAAUGAGUUUGCUGAUUUGAGCCACCAAGAGUUCAAGAACAAGUAUCUGGGGCUUAAGGUGGACUACUCUCGAAGGAGAGAGUCUCCUGAAGAAUUCACUUACAAAGAUGUUGAAUUGCCUAAGUCAGUGGAUUGGAGAAAGAAAGGUGCUGUGGCCCCAGUCAAGAACCAAGGUUCAUGUGGUAGCUGCUGGGCAUUUUCCACUGUUGCAGCAGUUGAGGGUAUAAACCAGAUAGUCACGGGAAAUUUGACAUCACUGUCUGAGCAAGAGUUGAUUGACUGUGACAGAACAUACAACAAUGGUUGCAAUGGGGGUCUCAUGGACUAUGCAUUCUCCUUUAUUGUAGAAAACGGUGGACUCCACAAAGAGGAAGAUUAUCCUUACAUUAUGGAGGAAGGUACUUGCGAGAUGACUAAGGAAGAAACCGAAGUUGUCACCAUUAGCGGGUACCAUGAUGUGCCACAAAACAAUGAACAGAGCCUAUUGAAGGCACUUGCAAACCAACCCCUCAGUGUGGCCAUAGAGGCUUCAGGCAGAGAUUUCCAAUUUUACAGUGGGGGUGUUUUCGACGGGCAUUGCGGAAGUGACUUAGAUCAUGGUGUGGCAGCUGUUGGAUACGGAACUGCGAAAGGUGUGGAUUAUAUCAUAGUGAAAAAUUCAUGGGGAUCUAAGUGGGGAGAGAAAGGAUACAUAAGAAUGAGGAGGAACAUUGGAAAACCCGAGGGAAUCUGCGGUAUCUACAAGAUGGCUUCUUAUCCCACUAAGAAGAAAUGCCCAUUCUUCCUCAUCCUUUCCCUCUUCUCUUGUAUUCACAUUUCAACAACUAUAACCAUGGCUUUCUCCUCCUCCAAGGCACUUUUCCUUGCCUGCUCUUUUUGCCUAUUUGCAUCUUUGGCUGUUGCUGGCGAUUUCUCCAUUGUGGGCUAUUCAUCAGAGGACUUAAAGUCCAUGGAUAAGCUCAUUGAACUCUUUGAGUCAUGGAUGUCAAGACAUGGCAAGAUUUACCAAAGCAUUGAGGAGAAGCUGCACAGGUUCGAUAUUUUCAAGGACAACCUAAAGCACAUUGAUGAGAGAAACAAGGUGGUCAGCAACUACUGGCUUGGCUUGAAUGAGUUUGCUGAUUUGAGCCACCAAGAGUUCAAGAACAAAUAUCUCGGGCUUAAGGUAGACUACUCUAGAAGGAGAGAGUCCCCUGAAGAAUUCACUUACAAAGAUUUUGAAUUGCCUAAGUCAGUGGAUUGGAGAAAGAAAGGUGCCGUAACCCAAGUCAAGAACCAAGGUUCAUGUGGUAGCUGCUGGGCAUUUUCCACUGUUGCAGCAGUUGAGGGAAUAAACCAGAUUGUGACCGGAAAUUUAACAUCACUGUCUGAGCAAGAGUUGAUUGACUGUGACAGAACAUACAACAAUGGUUGCAAUGGGGGUCUCAUGGACUAUGCCUUCUCCUUUAUUGUAGAAAACGGUGGACUCCACAAAGAGGAAGAUUAUCCUUACAUUAUGGAGGAAGGUACUUGCGAGAUGACUAAGGAAGAAACUGAAGUUGUUACUAUUAGCGGAUACCAUGAUGUGCCACAAAACAAUGAACAGAGCCUAUUGAAGGCACUUGUAAACCAACCCCUCAGUGUGGCCAUAGAGGCUUCAGGCAGAGAUUUCCAAUUUUACAGUGGGGGUGUUUUCGAUGGGCAUUGUGGAAGUGACCUAGAUCACGGUGUGGCUGCUGUUGGAUAUGGAACUUCGAAGGGAGUGGAUUAUAUCAUAGUGAAAAAUUCAUGGGGAUCUAAGUGGGGAGAGAAAGGAUACAUAAGAAUGAGGAGGAACAUUGGAAAACCCGAGGGAAUCUGCGGUAUCUAUAAGAUGGCUUCUUAUCCCACUAAGAAGAAAUAA